AUGCCGCCCAUUGGGAUAGCGCAGUGGGGAAACCCCCCCAGCGCCCCUUCUCCUCCUCCUACCCGGAGCGGUCAUACCUUGACCAAUGUCGGCAAGCUGUGCAUCCUCUUCGGAGGGAUGGGAGAAGACAACGACAACGUUACGAUCUACAAUGAGACGUUUGCGAUCGACGCGUCGGCCAACGACAUUCCAUGCACAUUCCUUCAAUGCGAGGGGAAGGCUCCGGAGGGGAGGUGGAGGCAUACGGCGACCUGCAUCGGCGAUUCCUGCAUGCUCGUCUUCGGGGGGAUAGGGUCCAACAGCAAGAGGUUCGAUGACUGCUGGAAGCUCGACAUCAGCGGCGAUAGUCCUGUUUGGACCCUGCAACCCACAGCCGGCCAAAGGCCUAGCCCAAGGGCUCACCACUCAGCAAACUUGUGGAAGGAGCACCUGGUGGUGUUCGGAGGAUACGGAGGACACGGCCAACGGCGCACGUACUUCAACGAUGUGCAUCUCCUGAACCUUCAGGGCGGCGAGGAUGGGGCGUUGGAGUGGGUACAGGUUCAAAUUGGCGGAAACCCUCCUGCUCCACGUGGGAAUCAUACGGCGUCUGUCAUGGCUGUGCCGGCAAGCUCAGGGCCAAAGAUGCUCAUGGUGAUGGGAGGGAGAGACUACUCCACCUUCUUCGAUGACAUCCACUUCCUGAAUUUGGAACAAAUGGAGUGGACGACGGUUUCGGACCUUCCCAACCCGACAAUUCCCAACCGGCUUGCAAAUCACGCCUCCCUGGCCAUCCAAUCUGUUCCGCACUACAAGGUGUUUGUCUUCGGCGGGCAGGUUGGAAACAAGGACGCGCGAACUGACUGGAAGUACGUCAACAACGUGAACUGCCUUGACUGCGGCCGCAUGGAGUGGAUGGCGUCGGACGAGCACGGGGCCAGCUUCGUGGAGGGCAACUUCCCGACGCCCCGAGAGGACGUUGCGUACUGCUUCGAUCGCAAGACCGGGAGGAUUCUGAUGCAUGGAGGGUGGGCGGAUCGUUUCUGCUCUGACAUGUUCUACCUUGACGUAUCCUCCAUCGUCGGGCCUCCAUACGCGAUCUACUCCCUCAUCCCCAGCGAAGGCCCUCUGACCGGACACACGCCCAUCAAGAUCGUCGGAGAGGAUUUCACUCCUUCUGCUCCAGUCAAGAUCCAGUUCACCGACGGCAAGAACACCGAGGUGGUUGAUGGUAAAGUCAUCAGCACUACUGAGAUCAUUUGCGAGAGCCCCGAUUGGACCAAGUACUCAGCAGGCGAGGUUAUGGUCAGAGCAAACCUGAGAGGGGAAGGCUUCACAGUGAACGUGGUCAAGUGGACCUUCUUUGUCAACACCAGACCCAACAAGUGCAUCGCGUUUGGCCCCGGGCUGUUCGACUCGGAAAACGCCGGGUGGGGAUUCCCUGCAGUGUUUAAGGUGCAAGCAAAGGACCAGACAGGUCGCAACCGAAGCUCGGGAGGAGAGGCGUCGUGCUGGCGGCCCAAGGUUGUCUUCAAGGAUACCGGAGAGAACAUCCCGUGUCACGUGGUUGACUGCAAGGACGGCACGUACGAUAUGAUCUACGUUCCUAUUCAUCCCGGGCAGUACGUGAUCGAGGUAGGAUACUGCGACCCUCUCGUACAGGGGGACGAAGUUAUCUUCAUCCGCGGCUCCCCCUGGACAGCCUCGUUCGAGGACCCUUGGACCAAGGUCAAGUACCAGAACGAGCCGCCGCGCGUCGUGUCCGGGGUGCAGGCGGUAGCCAUGGUGAAGAAGAUGGUGCUGUAUGGUGGGAAGUCAGACGAGGUGGUAUGCUUCGACCCGGACAGCCUGUCGUGGGAGAGGCCCGAGGUAGAAGGACACAGCCCUCCGAGUCGCUCGCUGCACUCCUUCUGCGCGCUAGAUAACGAGAAGGCGAUCGUGAUAGGAGGGAAGGGGGAGGAUGAAAAGCUGCUCAAUGACAUUCACGUCCUUGUGUGUGAGAAGGGGAAGUGGAAGUGGCAGGCUGCAGGCGAUGUCCAUGGAGACAAGAACGCGCCGAGGGCGAUGCAUGCUGCUUGUUUGAUCCCAGUCGGCAAGAAGGUAGUUAUCUUCGGAGGUAUCGGGAGCGACGACCUUUCGCGCGACGAUCUCUGCGUGCUGGCUGCGCAGAACAUCGCAAAGUUAGAUCUCCUCGACGUCGGGAAGCAAGUGGUAGAGGAGAUUCCCAAGCUCAAGGAGAUUCCAGGCCGGAGGAGGAAGCACGGCAUCGCAGCAGUGGAAGGAGUGAUCUACGCGUUCGGAGGAGAGGCAGAGAUCGGCAACGAGCGGCACCUGACCAACGUCACGGCCGUCGGGGAGUUCCAGAUGGAGGGCAAGACGCUGGCCAAAGGGGACGCGAUCCGAUGGAAGCGGCUUAAAGUCACGGGAACGGUCCCUUGCCCUCGUCGAGACUUCAACAUCUCCACGGUGGAGGGGAAGGUGUUGGUGCAGGGAGGAAGGGACAUGGAGGGCAAGCUGCUCGACGACCUCUACAGCCUCGACCCGUCCACUGGCGAGUGGAGCAUUGUGUACCGUUCAGACAAUGCAUGGCAGAAGAACGAGUUUGCGCUGUCGUGCUUGAUCGGCAAGAGACUGCUGACGGUGUCGGCCAAGUCCGAGGACGUCAAGUCAAAACUCGAUGACGUCAGGAUCCUGGAGUUCGGCAAGAUCGCAGAUCAGCAUGCGCUCGUUCCUGACAUGAUGAAACGAAUCUCCAAGGAGUUGGCCGCCCUUGCGUCCUUCAACUCCGACUCAGCCAAGAACCUUGCUCUUGACCCCACGAAGCAAGACAGCGAGGAGAAACAGCGCGAGAUUCUGAUCAAGGUCAAGGGCUGCAUCUACCAGGCGAAGGUCGAUCAGCCGAUCAUCGAGCUGCAGCUCGACGUGCUCAAGGACGCCAUCGGCUACUUGCAGCGGCAGGGAACUCCGACGGAGAAGCUGGAGAAGGAGAUUAAAGAUGUCUUUGACGGGUUUGCCGAUGUCAAGAAGCAGAUCCCCUCCGCCCUCGAGCUCAUCAAGCCCGUCCAAGAGAGAGAGGCAGAGAAAAUCAAGGCUGAGAUCGAAAAGUUCACCCUAAAGACCAAGGUCACGCAGAAGGACUUCGGCGAGAGGGACUUCAACUCCUACACCACGGGCGUCGAGCAGUCCUACCUGUCCGUCUUCGAGACCAAGAAGAUGCUGAGAUCGCUGGAUGCCGAACUCGAUGGGCUGAAGCACUUCGCAAGGGUCUUCGAGUUCCCAGAGCUCACGGACGAAGCGAACUCCAUCGUGGCCGCCAUGCACGCCGACCUCAACACGAUCUUGCAACUUUGGCACCUUAUUGCAAUGGUCAACAACCAAAUGGAAGUUUGGAACCAAACCCUUUGGGCUGACAUCAACGUUGAGGUCAUGGAGGAUGGGACCAAGGCAUUCUUCAAGCAGCUGCGAGCUCAAGACAAGGUUGCCAAGGUAACCAACGCGUACACGACGAUAGAGGGAAAGGUCAAGGGCUUCCUGACAGCGCUCCCCCUUGUCUCGGACCUCCGCCAUCCGUCCAUGCGCCCCAGGCACUGGAACAUGUUGCGCCAGCUGACAGGCAAGCAGUUCGACGAGACCAGCCCAGAGUUUGACCUCAGGACUCUCAACGACUUACACUUGGACGAGUUCGAGGAUGACGUGGGCGAGAUCGUCAACCGCGCACAGAAGGAGGAGAAGAUGGAGCAAGCGCUAGAGAAGAUCGAGAACACGUGGAAGACUUUGGAGUUUUUCUUCACCCAGCACAAGGACACGGAUAUCCAGAUGAUCAAACUGUCGGAGGAGGACGUUGAGACGCUGGAAGACCACCAGGUUCAGGUUCAGAACAUGAUGGGCAGCAGGUACCUCGCUACCUUCGAGGAGCAGGUCACGGGGUGGCAGAAGAAGCUUUCCUCCGUCGCUGACGUCGUCGCCAUCAUGACUGAGAUCCAGAGGACCUGGGCGUACCUUGAGACGCUCUUCAUCGGCUCUGAAGAAGUUAGGAAGGAGCUGCCGGAGGACGCGGAGAGGUUUGCCGGCAUCGACAUCGACGUCAAACAAGUUCUCAAGGACAUGUACGCGACCAAGAACGCGGUCAAGGCAUGCUCCUCCGAUGGGCUGUACCCCAAGUUGGAGUCUACCCAGUCGAAGCUGGAGAUGUGCGAGAAGUCCCUGGCCAACUAUCUGGAGCAGAAGAGGAGGAUCUUUCCUCGCUUCUACUUCGUCUCCACGACUGACCUCCUGGACAUCCUCAGCAACGGCAACGAUCCUUCCAAGGUCAACUUCCACAUGAGCAAGAUCAUCGCUGCUAUCGAGACUCUCAACCUUGAGAGCGGUAUCACCAGCUCCGAGCGGCCGAGCGCGACGGGGUUUGACUCGUGUGUCGGGGUGGAGCAUAUCGACCUUACCAAGCCGCUGAAGAUCGACGGGAGGGUGGAGAACUACCUGCAGACUAUCAUUGACAACGUCGUGACAUCUCUCAGAGAUAUUCUCGUCAAGUCGAUCGAAGCUUUCUCUACUACCCCGACUGAAGUUUGGGCCGAACGUAUGAAGAUCAUGUGCCUCAUCACCCUCGACGCUCACUCGCGCGACAUCGCGGCGAACUUGGUGGAGGGCAACGUGACUGAAGUGACUCAGUUCGAAUGGCAAAGUCAGCUCCGCUUCGAGUGGCGAUCAGCGGAGAAGGAUUGCUUCAUCAUGAUUGUGGACGCUGAGUUCACAUACAGUUUUGAGUACAUCGGCAACGGAGCUCGUCUGGUUAUCACCCCCCUCACCGACAGGAUCUACGUUACAGCCACUCAGGCUCUCAAGCUCUGCAUGGGAUGCGCCCCGGCAGGACCUGCGGGGACGGGCAAGACGGAGACGACCAAGGAUCUCGCUGCCAUGACAGCUGUGUGUAUCUAUGUGUUCAACUGCGCGCCGGAGAUGGACUACAGGACAAUGGGAGACAUUUGGAAGGGGCUGGGGGCGUCCGGGGCCUGGGGAUGCUUCGAUGAGUUCAACAGGCUGAUAGCGGAGGUUCUUUCUGUUUGCUCGACCCAGUACAAGUGCGUGCUGGACUCCCUCAAAGCAAACCGCCCCACCUUCGUCAUCGACGGAGCUGAGCUCAGUCUCACCCGCUCGCUGCUGGGGACCAAGUUCAUCAACCUCUACACGCUCUGCGGGGACUUGCUGAGCAAGGCGAAGCACUACGACUGGGGCCUGAGGGCUAUCAAGAGCGUGCUCAGAGUUGCCGGAGACUUCAAGCGAGCGGAGCCCGAGGUGCCGGAGCUGGCGCUGCUGUUCCGAGCCCUGAGAGACUUCAACCUGCCCAAGAUCGUAGGAGACGAUCUCAUCAUCUUCAUGGGCCUGCUGGGAGAUCUUUUCCCCGGCAUCGACAUCCCCCGUCAGAGGAACUGGGACAACGAGAAAGUCAUAGCAGAGGUCAUCACCGAAGCUGGGCUCCAGCCGGACGACGACUUCCAGCUCAAGGUGGUACAGCUCGACGAGCUGCUGGCGAUCCGGCACAGCGUCUUCAUCAUGGGCUCGUCGGGGACGGGGAAGAGCGAGUGCUGGAAGAUCCUGUCAGGAGCCAAGAUCAAGCAGGGAAACAAGUGCGUGUGUAGGGAUCUUGACCCCAAGGCUAUCACUACCUACGACUUCUACGGCUACGUCAGCCUGGCGACGAGGGAGUGGAAGGACGGUGUCUUUUCCUGCCUCAUGCGCGAGCUCGCCAACGCCCCGGACACAAACUCCAAGUGGAUCCUCCUGGAUGGUGACCUGGACGCGAACUGGAUCGAGAGUAUGAACUCGGUCAUGGACGACAACAAGCUGCUGACCCUCGCGUCCAACGAGCGCAUCCUGCUGAAGCCGCAUAUGAAGCUUAUCUUCGAGAUCCGAGAUCUCAAAUACGCUACCCCCGCCACUGCCUCUCGGGCCGGUAUCACCUACAUCACUGAGAAGAAGAGCCAGUGUGUUGUUAGUGGUGUUGGUGUUGGUGUUGGUGUUGGUGUUGGUGUUGGUGUUGGUGGUGUUGGUGUUGGUGUUGGUGUUGGUGUUGGUGUUGGUGUUGGUGUUGGUGGUGUUGGUGUUGGUGUUGGUGUUGGUGGUGUUGGUGUUGGUGUUGGUGCUGUUGGUGAGAGGAAAGAGUUCCUCCUCUCCCUAUUCGAGAAGUACGUCGGCGAGUCGCUGCUGGCCAUGAAGAUGGAGUUCAAACACAUGGCUCCUAUCCUUGAUUUCAACCUCGUCCAGUCUCUCUGCAACGUCCUGCAAGGGCUCUACACCCCUGAGAACUGCCCCAAGAACGAUCCCAAAGAGCAGCUCACCCUUGAGACUUACUUCGUCUUCGCGUGCAUAUGGGCGUUCGGCUCGGGCUACUCAAUAACAGAUGGAAACGACUAUAGAAAGAGCUUCUCCGCAUGGUGGAAAGGCAAGUGGACAUCGAUCAAGAUGCCGAUGAAGGGAACAGUCUUCGACUUCUUCGUCGACAAGCAGACGCAAAAGUUCGUCAGCUGGGCCAACGUUGUCCCCGAGAUCUCCUACUCCUCCACCACCUCCAUGGACUCAGUCACCGUCCCCACGGGCGAGACGACCAGUAUCACCUUCUACCUCGACCUCCUCGUCGAGCUCCGCAAACCAGCGCUGCUGGUGGGGCUGGCAGGAGCAGGGAAGACCGCGUUGAUCAACGGAAAGCUCCGCACGCUGCCGGAGGAAUACCUUUCCCUGACCAUCAACUUCAACUACUACACCGAGUCAGCCGCGUUCCUCUCAGUGAUGGAGGGGCAGCUGGAGAAGAAGGCCGGGAAAAACUACGGGCCCCCGGGCUCUUCCAAGCUCGUCUACUUCGUGGAUGACCUCAACAUGCCCCAGCUCGACCCCUACGAGACCUCGACAGCGAUCAGUCUGCUGAGGCAGUACAUGGACUACCAGCACUGGUACGACCUGACAAAGCUGCAGAUCAAAGUCAUCAACAACUGCCAGUUCCUCUGCGCCAUGAACCCGACCUGCGGCUCGUUUGUCAUCAACCCUCGUCUGCAGCGUCACUUCAUGGUUUUUGCCAUCGGGUUCCCCGGCCAGGAGGCCCUUAUGACUAUCUUCAGCACGUUCCUCAACGGUCACGUCAAGGAGUUUGACCCCAAGAUCGCCGAUACAGUGUUCCAGAACAAGAUCAUUCAGGCGGCGCUGGAGCUACAUACUAAGGUCAGCUCUCAGUUCAGGAAGACAGCCAACAACUUCCACUACGAGUUCUCGAUCCGCCAUCUUGCCAACGUGUUCAAGGGCAUCCUGAUGAGCGAGUCGACGUUCUUCACAGAGCCGGCCAAGUUCGCAUCUUUGUUCCUUCAUGAGGCAGAGAGGGUGUACGGAGACAGGCUGGUGUCGAUCAAGGACCUUGAGGCCUAUCAGAAGAUCAGCAAAGACACUGGCAAGAAGUUCUUCAAGGACUUCGACCAGGGCCAGGUGUUCCCUAACCCUCAUAUCUUCUGCAACUGCUGGAAAGACUUGGACGAGAAGAGCUAUAACCGAGUUGAGACGAUGGAGAAGCUCUCAAAGAUCCUAGGAGAUGCUCUCAACAGCUACAACGAGACGAACGCAGCCAUGAACCUUGUGCUCUUCGACGAUGCCAUGCGGCACAUCUGCCGUAUCUGCCGCAUCAUCCAGAACGGGCAUGCCCUGCUGGUCGGUGUCGGAGGCAGUGGAAAGCAAAGCUUGACCAGGCUGUCAUCUUUCAUCUGCAACUGCAGCGUCUCGCAGAUCGUGUUGAGCGGGACAUACUCCAUGUCAGACUUGAAGGAAGAUAUCAAACAGAUGUACAUGAAGUCAGGGCUCAAAAACGAGUCCAUUGUUUUCCUCUUCACUGACAGCCAGAUCGCCGACGAGAAAUUCCUCGUGUACAUGAACGAGCUUCUUUCCUCCGGCAAGAUCCCCAACCUCUUUGCCUCCGACGAGAUCGACAGCAUCUACGGCUCUGUCAGGAACGAAGGGAAAGGAGAGGGCAUCGCUGAUACCAAGGAUGCGAUGUAUGAUUUCUUCAUCUCCAAAGUCAAGCGCAACCUUCACGUCUGCCUCUGCUUCUCCCCCGUAGGAGAAAAUUUCCGCAGGAGGGCUUCAAGAUUCCCGUCCCUCAUUAACUGCACCGUCAUCGACUGGUUCCAGCCAUGGCCAGAGAACGCUCUCUACGACGUGGCGAAGCGCUUCCUCGGAGAGAUCGAGCUGGGAGAGGCAGAGGCGAGGGAGGGGAUCAUAAAGUUUAUGCCCUUCUCCUUCGGGCGGGUCAACGAGGCCAGCGAAGACUACCUGCACAAGGAGCGGAGGUACAACUACACGACCCCCAAGAGCUUCUUAGAACUCAUCUACCUCUACCGCAACAUGCUCGCCAAGGAGCGCAACACGCUGCAGGCCAACAUCGACAGGCUGAGCAACGGGCUCGACAAGCUAGAGAAAACGUCCAAGGACGUGGCGAUCUUAGAGGAAGAGAUCAAGGUCAAGUCAGUGGAGGUGGAAGCGGCGAAGGCGAACGCGGAUGAGAUUGCGGAAAAGGUGGGAGGGGAGAAGUCAAAGGUGGAGGAAGCCGCUUCUGCCGCCAACGACGAGGCUGCCAAGUGCGCUGUCAUUGCAGAGAAGGCCGGUAUCAUGCAGGUUGACUGCGAGCGCGACCUGGCGGCCGCCAUUCCUGCGGUAGAGAAGGCGGAGGCAGCGCUGGACACGCUGAACAAGAAGGAUCUUGGAGAGCUCAAGUCUCUUGGGAAGCCGCCGCAGGGAGUGGACGACGUGACUGCAGCGGUGCUGGCGAUGAGGGGGGAGCCGGCGAAGAAUCGAGACUGGAACGCGGCGAAGAACAUGAUGAAGGAUGUCAACAAGUUCAUCGACGAGCUCAAGGGCAUCAAGACGAUCAUUGACAGCAGUCAGAUGCCUGCCAAGAAUGUGGAGGGAGCAAGGCCGUACCUGGAUCUUGAGCACGUGAAGAAUGUUGACAUCAUGCGCAAGAAGUCCAACGCUGCUGCUGGGCUCUGUGAGUUUCUUCUCAACAUCGUCAUGUACUACGACAUCGUCGUCACCGUCGAGCCGAAGCGCCUGGCGCUCAAGACAGCUCAGGACGAGCUGGCGGCUGCCAACACGAAACUGGCGGAGGUGCAGGCGUACGUGAAGGACCUGGAGGAGAAGCUCGCGAUCCUCGUCGCCGAGUUUGACAAGGUGGUGGCAGAGAAGAACCGAGUGGUGGCGGAGGGCGAGCGGCUGACCAACAAGCUCGGUCUCGCCCAGCGGCUCAUGGCGGCGCUGGGGUCCGAGCAGGAGAGGUGGAAGGUGAACGUAGCAAAGAUGAAGUCAGACUCCGUGUACCUCCCAGGAGACGUUCUGCUCGCUGCCUCGUUCGUGAGCUACGUCGGAUGCUUCAACAAGACGUUCCGUGACCUUCUGAUCAACCAGACCAUGAUACCCUUCAUGACCAAGAACGCCAUCCCCAUGUCCGACAACGCUGACCCCCUCAAGCUCCUCGCCGACCCGGCGGUCGUGGCCGAGUGGAACUCGCAGGGGCUGCCGGCCGACCGAGUCAGCCUAGAGAACGGCGUGAUUUCUUCCAUCUCCGAGCGCUGGCCCCUGAUGAUCGACCCGCAGCUGCAGGGGAUCGUGUGGGUCAAGGAGAAAGAAAGUCAGAACAACCUGCAGCUCACCAGGCUCAACAACAAGAAGCUGCUCAACGUGAUGGAGCAGGCGCUGGAGCAGGGCUGGAGCGUCAUGAUCGAAAACCUCCAGGAGUCGCUGGACGCCGUGCUGGCUCCCAUCAUUGGAAGGCAGAAGAUCAAGAAAGGAAGGAACUUCUUCGUCAAGGUCGGGGACAAGGAGGUAGAGUACCAUCCCAAGUUCAAGCUCUACCUGCACACGAAGCUCGCCAACCCUCACUACCCUCCCGAGGUCCAGGCAGAGUGCACGCUCAUCAACUUCAUGGUGACGGAGGACGGACUGGAGGACCAGCUGCUCGCCAAGGUCGUGUCCAAGGAGAGGCCGGACCUGGAGGAGGAGAAGAGCUUUCUGAUCCAGCAGCAGAACGAGUUCAAGAUCAAGCUCAAGGAGCUUGAGGACGGGCUGCUGAAGCAGCUGGCAGAGGCGGAGGGAGACAUUACUGAGAACAUCGAGCUCAUCGAGUCGCUAGAGGAUGCCAAGAGGCUCAGCACAGACAUUAACGAGAAGGUGAUCAUAGCGCAGGAGACCGAGGUCAAGAUUAACGAGGCAAGGGAGGAGUACCGCGGGGUAGCCAACAGGGGAGCCCUCCUCUUCUUCGCGCUGGGAGAGCUGUUCAAGGUCCACUCCUUCUACCACUACUCGCUCUCGGCCUUCACCUCCGUCUUCCUCCGCGCCAUCGACUGGGCGGGCAGGAGGUACGUCGGAGCUCCCAUCCACGUUCCGAAGCAGCUCGAGCUCUGCCAGGGCAAGAACGCCUUCCAGAAGUUCCGCACCAUGCAGCUGCUGCUGAGAGCAGGUGCCAAGGGUCUCAUAGGAACGGACGAUGACAAGGGACCUGGGAAGCCCUCGACGCAGAAGGAGCUGGACCUGCCUGCCCGUCUCAAGGACCUCGUGAGUUCGAUCACUUACCAGGUAUUCAACUUCUGCCGCCGAGGAUUGUUUGACAAGCACAAGUUGCUGUUCACAACCUCCAUCGCGUUCAAGGUGCUGGUCCGCGACAAGACCCUCGACUCCGACGAAGUCGGCUUCAUCAUCUUCGGCCGCAAGAGCCUCAACCCUCCUCCUCUCCACCCCGAGAUGCAGCCAUGGCUCUCCGACGCCGCAUGGUCGGGAGCGCACGCGUGCCAGGAGCUCAAGUGCUUCGAGAAGCUCUGCACAGACAUGGAGUCGGAGCAGACCAAGUGGCAGACGUGGGUGACGGACGAGCGGCCGGAGGAGAAGCCUCUGCCCGGGGACUACGACAAGAUCACCAACUUUCAGAAGCUGAUCCUCCUCCGUCAGAUGCGCCCCGACCGCCUGACGGGCGCGAUGCGCAAGUGGGUCGGUGAGCAUCCGACGCUGGGGAAGAGAUACAUCGACGAGGAGGCGUUUGACAUCUUUUCCAUCUACAGGGAGUCAGCGCCGGAGACGGCCAUGUUCUUCUACCUGUUCCCCGGUGCUGACAUCGUGGCUGACCUGGACCCUCUGCUCAAGGCCAAGGGUUUCACCAUCGAGAACGGCAAGUUCAUCAACAUCAGCAUGGGGCAGGGGCAGGAGCCCGUGGCGGAGGAGGCGCUUGAGCGGUGCAUGAAGGAGGGAGGAUGGGUGUUCCUGCAGAACAUCCACCUCAUGUCCAUGUGGGUCAAGACGCUCGAGCGGAAGCUCGAGAGCUCUCAGGACCCCGAGACUCACAAAGACUUCCGCUGCUUCCUGUCCUCGGAGCCUCCUCCUAUGCCCUCCCAGCAGAGCAUCCCCGAGGCCAUCCUGCAGAACUCCAUCAAGAUCUCCAACGAGCCUGCCCAGUCCCUCCGCCAGCUGCUCUUCCGCGCCUGGACCAACUUCGAGCAGUCGACGCUGGACGCUUGCAAGCGCCCAAGGGACUUCCGCACCCUCCUGCUCGGCCUCUGCGUCUUCCAUGCGGAAGUGAACGGCAGGAAGAAGUUCGGCAACAUGGGAUGGAACUGCGGCCAUCUGUAUGGCUUCACCCUUGGGGACUUGACCCAGUGCGCUGACGUUCUCAACAACCAGCUCAACGCUCGAUCGGGGGCGAGAGCCAACGAGGAGGCGCCGCUGAGAGACUUGCGGUACAUCUUCGGAGAGAUUAUGUACGGCGGGCAUAUCACAGACAAGUGGGAUAGGAGGACGAACGUGACUUACCUCGAUGUGAUCAUCGUUGCUGGAAUCCAACAGCCGGAAUUUGAGCUGUUCCCCGGGUUCAAGACCAAGCAUGACGGAACGUGGGAGGACUACCUGGCGUACAUCGAGAACGAGCUUCCGCCCGAGACACCCAAUGCAUAUGGGAUGCAUCCCAACGCUGAGAUCAAUUUCCUCAUGACGGAGCAGAAGGAGCUCUUCGAGGAGCUCCUGAACAUCGGAGGAGGAGGCGGAGGAGGAGGAGGUGGUGGUGGGAAGUCCCGCGAGCAGAUAGUAGAUGGAAUCAUUACUCAACUUGCCUCGAAGUUACCUGAGAACUUCAACAUGCUGGAGCUGAAGAUGAAGAUCGGAGACAACCUGACGCCCUACCUCGUGGUGCUGGUGCAGGAGAGCGAGAGGUUCAACGGCCUCCUGUCCGAGAUCCGCCAGUCGCUGAAGGAGCUCCGGCUCGGCCUGGACGGAGCCCUCAACAUCUCGGAGAAGAUGGAAACGAUGAUGAACCUGAUGGUCAUCCAGAAGAUCCCCCCGACAUGGGAGGGCAUGGCAUGGCGAACGCUCAAGAGCCUUGACGUGUGGUUCGCCGACGUCAACGCCAGAGUCGCUCAGCUGCAGGCCUGGGGGGCCUCCCUUGUCAUGCCGGCCUCCCUGUGGCUCUCCGGCUGCUUCAAUCCCAUGGCGUUCAUCACUGCCGUGAUGCAGACGACAGCGAGGAGGAGGGGAUGGCCGCUCGAUGAUGUCGUCACCUUCACUGACCCCACCAAGCUCGACUGGGACGAGGCGGAGAGCCAGCCGGAGGAAGGAGCCUACGUGCACGGGAUGUACAUGGAAGGAGCGCGAUGGGACAGGGAUGAGGGAGAAAUCCGGGACUCCCACCUGCGCGACCUGACUCCGCAGAUGCCUGUCAUUCACCUGCUCGCCAUCCCAAGGACGGAGAUCAAGGUCGAGGGCUACCAUGACACUCCCUGCUACUACGUCUCCCAGCGAGGAGGAGGCAACCCUCCCGGCUCCUUUGUCUUCUUUGCUGUGCUGAAGACCUCUGAGCCCACGGUCAAGGGCCUUUACGGCGUCUACUCUUACAAGUGGGUGCUAGCUGGGGUCGGCCUCCUCAUGCAGACGGAGUAG